GAACAUCUACGGCGUCACCAAGAAGCGUGCCGAGGAAAGAUGUGCAGGACGCUACGUGACGCCCGUGGCAAUUCUGAGAUGUAGCCGCUUCUUCGCGGAGGACGCGUACGACACCUCUGUCUCCCAGGGCCACCGUAGCAGCGAGGGCUCCAAUGGCAACGUGAAAGCAAACGAGCUGCUGUGCGGUGUCCGCGCCUCUCUGGAAGACAUGAUCAUGUCUCACCUCCGGGCCCUGGCGCUCCUGGCAGAAGCGCCGAGGACGCCACGCAUGGUCUUAGGGCCACUGGUUGUGUCCGCAACCUCUCCGCUUCUGGAGGACGGGGCCUUCGCAGCCGGCGACGCCCUGCAGCGGCUCUAUUCCACCAUGGGCUGGAAGAUGCCAGACCGAGUUGGGCGCAUCAUCGACUCCCGUGACACGUGGCGCGCGCUCGCGUGGCAGCCUCGUUGGUCCAUGGAGCGGCUAGCGCGCAACUUCGAAGAUGUCGAGAACCGCGAGCUCAUUGAGUCUGGCUGCUACU